AUGGAGGCCAUCGCACAAAAUAUAGCAAUUUUGUCUGAAAAGACACUAAGAGAUAUCGCCAAGGGUCCACUGAUCAAGUUUACCCAGACAUGUGAUGAUCAGGAACAAGUGAGCCGAGUGUGGCAGUCGCUGAGCAAGACACUAUCCUCGCCCUCUCUUGAUCACCUGCAUACAACCGCUGCAUGCAAUGCGGCAUCUGCCUUUCUUGAUGCAGCUGUCAACUCUCCAAUUAAGGAGACCAAGCAACUAGCUUUGUCACCGGAAGUAUGGCUAGCUAUCUUUGAGGUUUUUAUGACUAGAUAUGAGGAUGUCAGGCCCAAGCCAUUGAAGCAGUUGUUAGCUUCUCUCACGACUAUCUUGGUCAAGCACUACAAAGGUGAAACCAGAAUGAUGGUACAGAAUGCUGUUUUGAACUCAGUCCUUCCGUGUAUCAUUCUUGGUGAGCCACGAUCUCGACUAAAGGGUUCCCUCGUGUGUCUGGAAAUGUUCAUUCGAAAGGGUGCCAUCUCUCCUUCUGAGUUGAUUCCUUUGGUUCGGAGCUGGCUAUUGCAAUCUCAGGACCAAUGGGUCCCUUUUUUCAAGAAAGACCAGAACGCCCUUUACCCUGGCGUGUCUGACCCUAAUGUGAUGUCAAGUGAGCCAUCGGAGGAGGUUGCGGGAAGGAUUCUUGUGCUCGGUCUUUUGACCCAAACCAACAACCGUGGCAUGGCUGGAACAUCUGGCAAUAUUCUGGCUGCUUUCUUGCAAAAGCUUAAGGCACAAAGUCCAAAUCAGCAGAUGUCGGGGAUUUGGAUCCACCCUGCGAGGCAUAUGCUGCUACAGAACCUAGACUCUGUGGAGGUCCUAUCCAUUCAAAUUAUGGAGCCCAUCUUCAGCAGUGAUCCAGAAGGUUUCCCUCUUUUCCUCGAAACUUUGCCCCUACGCAGUCUUAUGGUUGGUGAUAUGACUGAGGGAUCACAGUCAGAAUAUAUGCUUCUUUUUGUCUCCCUCCAGGUUGGAAAGAAGGUCAACUUAGUCCAUGACGACUAUGAUGCCUCCAAAAAGGCUAGUCCUAACAAUGUGGUCUUGAAAAGCGAGGUAAUUGGAAAUUUCCUACUCCAUCGAGAUCCGACCAUACGUGUGGCAGCCUUGUCCCUGCUCAUUACGGCAUUCUCAACGGUGAAGCCAUUUACGAAAGCUGCCACAACCGCUAUUUUAGGAGGACUGCCCUCUAUGCAUGCCGACUCUGACGCCUUUAGCAGAGGGGAGAUCAUGGGUCUCACUCGCAAGCUCAUCAUCCGCCUGAAGAGUGGCAUUUUGUCCGAAGGAGCCUCUGAAGCACCACAAACUAAAACCGGCAGCGCACCUGCUACGUCAGCCGAGAUUGAUUCUGAGACAAAAGCAUUCUUAAGUAAAUAUGUUGAGUUCAUUGAGAGUGAUUUAUGUGUCACGGCAUCAUACCCGCGGCACAUCACUGCAUUAAAAGCGUUGAAACUACUGUUGGAGUCUGGUCUUGAUGCGCGGACCACUCCUCUUCUUAUAAAAUCCGAAGUCCAAACGCGCUGGAAUGUUCACUUGGAAGUCUUCGGCUCUCGUCUUCUCCGAUUGCUGGUUGAUCUUCUUUUGGAUCCGUUCGAGGAAGUUCGACAGACUUCUCUCUUGAUAAUCAACCUGUUUCCUUCUGAUUUUCUUAUUGGUGGUCUUUCAGACGAUGCGGAUCAACAAAUUCCAACGGGAAUGCGCCUCACGGACGCUCUUGCCAGGGCAGAAAGCCUUGCAAGCAAAACCAGCCGUGCAGAUCAUGCGGAUACUGUUGCCCGACUAUACCACAUAUUUUUCUCUGCGGCUCCGUCCAACGCUGCAUCUGAGACUAGCAAUGACUGGUGGGCAACCAAAUACUCGGUGGUCAACACCAUUCUGUCUCGACUCGAAGAACGGUUGUCGUCUCCCAAGGGGCUGUUCAACUCCGCUAUGCAACAAGCCCCCCUUCACGGAUAUAUGUCAGGGCUUCGGUAUAUCAUUCUCGUGCCAGAGUUUUAUUCUCUGAUUUCCGUGGACUCCAGUCCCUCCACUUGGAAGUCUACUCACGAUAGAAUAGUGUCCAUCUGCGAUAGUGUCUGGCAAGAGGUGAAGCCUGUACUUUGCAUUGAUUCCCCUGAAGGUCAUACCGACCAGCCCACGGAAGAUUUCUCAGUCGGCCCAAAGGACAUUCUCUCCUAUUCCUGGAGAGCCUUGCGAGAGUCGAGUCUUUUGUUACAUGCUACUAUGACCAACUUAACUUAUGGACCGGUCGGUGAUCAAGGCCUCCAGCGACCUGAUUUCGAGAAUGUUGGACGAGUUAGCUUCACUCAACUGGCUGAACUCCGCCACCGAGGUGCAUUCUCCACCGUGUCCACGACAUUCGCCACCUGCUGUCAGCGAUGCACUGGCUCCCAAGACCCAUCCAUUCAGGAGCUUCCAGUACUUUGGUACCAAGAAGCUAAAUCCACAAUUUUUGAGUCCGCUGCAAAGCUUACUCGCAGAUCUGCUGGGUUACCUGCUUUGGUAACUGGUGUUCUAUGCUCUAGCCCUGGAACGCCAUUCUUCAAGCAGGCAUUUAAUGAGCUAUAUGAGAUUUCGCGCCUACCUGUGGACUAUGACAAGGAUCAGCAAUACCUAAAAUUACCGCAGGUCCAUGCAAUGAACUGCUUGAAAGAUAUAUUCGUCAAUAACAAGCUUGGGCCUCAUACUGAGGCCUUCAUCAUGCCAGCACUAACCCUUUCUGCUGAGAGAAUUGGCUCCCCAAUCUGGAAUCUCCGCAACUCCGGAUUGAUGUUGUUCCGCGCUUUGUUGACUCGUAUGUGUCGUUUUGUACUCGGUACGGGAGCUGGAUUUGGUGGUAUUUCCGGGUCCGAGCCUGGAUCCAAAAUCUCUUUCCCUAAAUACCCUGGGUUGCUUGAAUUGCUUUCAAGUCUCUUGGCACCAACUGCUGGGACCACGGUCGAAGGAACUGACAUUGUUACUGAGCGCAUUUUCCCUGCUCUCGAAUUGAUUGGAGAGAAGAUUCCCACUUUUGAUGAAGACGAUACUAUGCUACGAGGCUUGGUCAUUGAGCAUUUCAAUAGUCCUGUGUGGGCUAUUCGAGAGCAUGCAGCUCGUGUCUAUGCAUCAUUGCUAACCCGCGCCAACAUUCUGCAAGAUGUUUGUGAUCUUGUUAGCCUUUUGAAGGGCAACAUCACAGAGAAUUAUCUGCACGGAACAGUUCUUUGUGUCCAAUAUUCACUUCGCCGCUUUGCGGCCAGUACGGAUGUGUUUUGGACGUCUCAGCUGGAAGAGCUCCUUAUCACCGUUCGCCAUAUUUUGGCAACCGUUUUCCCAAUGGCCAAAUCUCCUUUUGUUGCAACGGCACUGGUUGAAAUCCUGAACGACACUUUAGAGCGCAGUGUUCAGGCUGACGUUGAAGAGCGCACUGUAUCUUUUAUCACCAAUGUGUUCGAAGAGCACGAUCUUGAUGGAGUACUGGGCUAUGUCUUUGAUGCUUCAAAGGCCGGCUGGAAUUUGGAGAGCGGCACUCGGGCAUCUUCUCUUUUCAGAAGAGUCCUUACUUGGUGCAAAAUUUUGAGCACUUUUACUUCUCGGGAUUGGAGUACAAUUCCAUUCUUCUUCCACGGAGUUGCGGCUUUCGAUGCCGACGCUGCCAAUUGGAUUGUUGAAAGACUUCAAGAAACAGUUGGCGAGAAAGAAAUUUACCACAAGCCCUUGGCCGAUCUUUGUUCGUCUGUCAUUCUUGGUGACUAUACAUCCGACGUUAAAACAGUGGCUGUCUCAAACUUAGCGUCUAUUCUCGAACACUUGUUGGGUUCUAAAGUCAAGUCAAUCGCAGAGCUGGCGGUCCCUUGUGAUGAGCUGAUUCAAAGCUUCAGACCUGACCAAGCCAUUCAAGAGUGGAAUCGGCAAGCUACAGAUGCGGAACUCCGCCUACAAGGGUGUCUUCUCGCUAUUCGGGUUAUUUCGGGUGGAGAUCAACUCCUCUCUGCAUCCCAAUCUACGCUCCGCAGCUGGGCUAUCAAGUUGCGGUCAGCUCUUAGCGAAGAAACAGAAUUCACCACCCGUUAUGCCGCUAUGGAGUCUAUCAAAAGCUUUUCGCUUGGUCUCCGCCCGGCAGAUUGUUCACCUCGUGUCGACGAUGUCCUACUGGAUAUCUACUUGAUUUUGUAUGACAUGUUGAACGAUGAUGAUGAGGAGCUUCGAGAUAUCGCUGCAUCAACUGCGUCGUGGGUGCUAUCGUAUUCCUCGGUUUCUCCUCGCACUGCAGUGGCCCUUGGUCCGUUGAAUGCCAGCUUGCUUCUUGCAACCUUUGUCACUAAUCAUUAUUCCGGUUCUCCACAACUGGCCAAGCGAGUCAUUCGAUACCUCACGGGUCAAAGUCAUCGUAUCAGUGGCUCCGAUGAGCAGACCCAUCUGGUGUCAGUUGCAGAUCUUGUUAAUGAAUAUUGCCAAGAAAGCACUGUCUUGUUUGUGGAAGAGAAACAGAACCUCUUCAUCGAUGACGUGCGAGAGAUUGACGUAUGGUCGAAGGCACUCUUGCAUCUUCGCAAUGACGCUUACCCCGAGAUUCUGGUUCGCCAAUUCUCGAGCUGGGUUUCGGAGGGGUUGGAAUAUCUCUCAAAGAAAGUCACUCAGGAAACUGGCCAGGAUGGACUUCUGGGUUGGAUUUCGAAGCCAGAGUCAUUUACUCUGGGUGUUCGCAUUAUCAGUAUUUCCACUGCACUCGCAUCUGAAAAGUUCACGGCUCCACAAUAUCUGAAUUUGGAGCCUGGGAAAUUCCAACAACAGCUCCAAUUGCUUCUCGAUGCCGGUCGAGGUGCUUCGGUGCAUGAUGAGUGGCUUUCAAGGAUCUCGUCUGGCGUAAAGUUGACUGUUUAA